CUUCUUCAAAUGAAUUUUUUCUAGUUAAAGACGAUGUGGUAUCCAGAUUUGAUGUUGUUAAUGGUCAGUCAUUAAUACUUUUAGAUGAAUGGGUUUUGCUUAAAAAAGGUAGUGGUAUUGAACAAAAAGAGAAAAAUAUAGAUUA